UCCGUGAUUCGGGGUAUGAUCUCCGAAAUAAAACUCCUCCAUGAGCAUGUCGAAGGGCUCAGAUUCGUCAUCGACGAUUAUUAUCUGUUCUCAUUGGGCUUCCUCAUCAGCUUGAUGCAGAUCGGCUUCGGAUAUGUUGAAUGCGGUGCCGUGCGCUCUAAAAGCGCCACAAACGUCAUGAUGAAAAACAUGAUGGACUCCUUCCUGUGCGGCAUUGUCUACUGGUUGUUUGGCUUCGCGAUUGCCUUUGGCUAUGGCAACUCCUUCAUCGGAUACUACCCCUACAUGGCCGGCUACAGGCUCGGCGAGGACAAAUUGUACGGAAAAUGGUACUACGAGCUGUCGUACGCCAGCACUGCCUCCACCAUCGUGUCCGGAACGGUCGCCGAGCGAAUCCACUUCGUCGGAUACCUCGUUUACAGUUCCGUCAUCUCAGGUUUUGUGUUCCCGGUGGUGUGCCAUUGGGGUUGGAACGACGAAGGGUGGCUCAAGCUGAUGGGCUACGAAGAUUUCAGCGGCAGCGGCAUCGUGCAUCUGUGCGGCGGCAGCUGUGCCAUCGUGGCGGCGAUCAUUCUCGGGCCGCGUUACUGCAGAUUCGAGGAAAAGAAAUGCGACGGUGACCCAGACGAGAGGUGGAAGAGACUCAGCGGACACAGCACCCCCAUCAGCGCUCUCGGUGCCAUGAUUUUAUUCACCACGUUCUUGUCUUUCAACGCCGCGUCCGUCUUCUCGAUUUCCACCCCGGAAAAGGUGGAGCUGGCCGCCAAGGUGGUCAUCGUGUCGCUGCUGUCCGCGUGCGGCUGCAGCACCACCGGCCUCUUCCUCAGCAAACUUGGAGCCUUGAAUAAAGAACCGUUCAAGGGCAUCGGUUAUUGGAGCUUCAUGCACGCUGCCAACUGCGGCAUCAUGGGACUCGUUAUUAGCAGCUGUGCCGCUAACAAGAUGGAAAUUUGGGCUGGUUUCAUCUCAGGCUGUCUCGGAGCCCCUUUCUAUUGCCUCCUUCACCACAUGACCAGAAGAUUCAAAGUGGACGACGUGUUGAACAUCAUUCCUGUACACUUUGGCGGCGGCUUUGUCGGUUGCGUGUUCACCCCCAUUUUGAGGAACAACGCGAUUCCGGCCGGAGACUUCGAUCAGGCAUUCUUCAACUUUAAGGUCAACGCAAUCGGCGCGGUCUCCAUCAUGGCCUGGUCCAUGAGCUGUGCUUUCAUCAUUUUCUACUUGCUGAAGGUGUUCGAAGUGCUGCGCGUGCCAGUUGAAGACGAAAUCAACGGCGUGGAUAUGGCGAAGCAUAAUGAGGUUGCCUAUCAGCUGACGUACAGGGAUGUCAACCUCAAUGACACGCAGAACAGCACCAGGGUUUCAGAACCUGACAGCAAUAUGUCGCUGAGACAAAGGAAACCUCAAGAGUCGAUCGAGCUGCAAGUUGUUGCGUGAAAUUUUUUUUUAUGAAACACUGGAAUUUGGACAAGAAGAAGAAGGAGCAGAGUGCGAUUUGUUUCUGCGCGUGAAUUUGAAAGUUAUGAAGAAAUUGAUCGAGUGUGCUGAAGAGAAAAUGUACAAACCCCAUUUUUGAUCAUUUAACACAGUAACUCAGGUUACAUUUACAACUAAGGGAGAGCUCUUUAAUUAUGUAUAAAGUGAUUUAAUUACCAAUAAACUGUUAAUUCCAAAACUA